CUCCUCAGGACGGAAUGUUACACACCUGCCGCUGCUUCAUGAUUGUCCCACGCGCAAAUUACUUCUUAUUUUAACUGAAUUAAAGCAUAUUCUAGGUUUCUGUGGAAAAAAAUCUGCUAAAACCACUGUUAUAAAGUUAAGUGUGUUAAACUGCGUUAUGUUGUGUCGAAUCUGCGGCGCAAAACGUAAAGGUCGCGAUGACGUCAUGCGCCGUUCAUCAGCUGGAAGUUUCGUCUCCGAUUUAACUCGUUAUUAUUAUUAUAAGCGCUUUACUAAACCUUAACCUGUCAACUCAGCGUGGGAUCACGUUACUGAUUUGUCGUGUUCGAGCACAUAUCUUCAAGCUACUUUGAAACCACUUGCAGAGUCUGCCUGGGACACCUCUUGUCCCUGACAUCUGCAAGAUGUCCAGUCAUUUCCGCAGCUACAUCUGGGAUCCGGUCCUUAUCGUCUCUCAGAUUAUUCUGAUGCAGGCCAUCUACUACGGCUUCUUGGGUUUGUGGUUGGCUGGUGUUGACGGUUUGGUACAGACCAGUAGAUCACUUGACCAGAUAUUCAGUUAUGAGGUGCUUGGUUUUUCAACAACACAAGGUCGCCUCUCGAUGAUGGGGUUCAUUCUGAACUCUCUCACAAGUGCUCUUGGCCUGUGGUUUUUCAUCCGACGUGGAAAGCAGUGCUUGGACUUUACCAUCACGGUGCACUUCUUUCACAUGAUUGGCUGCUGGAUCUAUAACGCCCACAUGCCGGCAGCUCUGUCGUGGUGGUUGGUCAACGUGGCCUGCAUGGCACUAAUGGCUGUGAUUGGCGAGUACUUGUGCAUGCGGACAGAGCUCAGAGCCAUUCCAGUAAACACUGCACCCAAAUCCAACCUAUGAGAAGUCAACAGAGACAGAGAGUGAGCACAGCUGGCAUGUGUGAUGCUGAAGCCUCGGACUGGACUGGCGUGUGGACUAAUGCUGCUGUGGUUUUUGCAGAGUUUCCAGAUGGAAGGAUAACAGGCCCUGAGGGGGAACAGAAAUGCCUGGGUUUUAGUGAUGUAAUAGUCACCUCACUGUAUUUAAUCAAAAUCAUGUCUAAUGGCGGAUGGAGCGUUAAAAGCUCGGAAAGGACUUCGCAUUUUCAAGCAGUAAUGUUUGGCGUCAAUAAUGAUCAACUGGGACUUCUUUAACUAGCAUUAUUUCCCAGUUCUCAUCCAUUUAAAGGGAUUGUUGCCAUUUUCUUGUUUAGGACCAACAUUUUUACAUUAAUUAUAGAAAUAAUGACAGAUAUGGUUUUACUUGUGCAGAAUCCUCCUAGGUCUUGCGUCAUCGUGAGAGUAAAAUAUGGUGUGAUACUGAAUGCUUAAUGGUUACAAUAAACAUUUAUGGUGUCUUAAAGGUCAA